AUGGAGCAGGAUCUGGACCACGGCCGGCCACCGACGCCACCACACCAUCCCACAGCAGGUGUGCGCGUCCACCGCCAUGAGAUUGAAGCCAUUGUCGCCUGUGCGUUCCCGUCCUCUGAGCUUGCCUCCGUAACCCAGCUCGACUCCGGCAAAUCGUACAACAACAGAAUCUACUUCCUCGAGCUCCGCCAUUCACCAUCAGAGAGCGCUCCUCAGCGCGCCGUGUUAAAAGUCAACGGUCGCUUCUUUGGCGCAAACAAAGUACAGAACGAGGUGGCCUGUUUCCAGCUCCUCGAGAAGUACUGUCCCGACGUUCCGACGCCACGAGCUCUCGCUUGGUCCGAGGACGGGACGAAAGUCACCAUUGACACACGCUUCAAGCAGGGCGCUUGCUCGCUCAGUCUGCCUCCGGGCGUCGACAACCUAGAGCAUGGCGGAUGGAUCUUGAUGUCGCAGGUCCCCGGAAACCCUGUCGCAGUCGAUGAUCUGGAUCAGGCGACGCUUGCCCAGCUCGGCGGGCAGUUGGGCGACAUCGUCGCGUCCUUGCGCCAGAAUGUGCCUCCUCAACAGUAUUGUGGCAACGUUCUACUUCCGCAUGGCGACCCAGGGUCGCAUACUGUCCCGCGCUUGGAUGGCUCAUCUUUGACCAUUCGAGACAUCCUCCAAGAAGGCAUCAAGACCGACGAGCCCGUUACAAGCGCCAACGCGUACUACAAGCUCAGGCUAGAGGACAAGCUACGCGAGCUAGAGACUUCCGCUACAUAUGCGCCAAACAGGACAAUCGCGCAACCCCUCCGAGCGUUCAUCUCUGAGACGCUGCCACAUCUCGAGCUCGCCGGCGACGGCAUUCCUGCCGGCGAGUUUGUGCUGACGCACUACGACCUCUCCCCACGCAACGUUCUCGUGUCGGGUACACCGCCGCGCAUCACCGGACUCGUGGACUUUGAGUUUGCGGGCUUCUUCUCCCCAGUAGAGGAGUUCCUGAACGACUACAUCGGUAAUGCUGGGGACUGGCCGCAAGUCUUCUACGACUCGUACCUAGGGCGUCUCAGGGAGAGGGGCGUGGCGACGCCGGCACACGGGUUCGACCCGGACGUGUGGAAUCUCAACCAUUGGCUCGAGACGCUUGCAGGACGGAUUGCGCCUUGGGAGCUCCCCGGAGGAUGUACUGACGAGGAGCUGCGCGAGAAGUUGAGAGAGGCGGAGGUCGACGUGCGAGAGAUGCUGAAGAAGCUCACUGGUUCUAAACACUUGACGCAGGGAACCCGGGACUCGGAGAAGUCCAAAAAGGGCAUACUCUGGCGCGAUGCCGACCCCAACAGUAGAGAGCCCACCAAGGUCUUGGUCAUCUGCAAGACUUGCAUGUCGGAGGAGUCUUAA